GCCCCCUCACCACACACAAUUAUUUCUGUAGUCCAGGCUAUGUUUCUCAAAGCAAUCUAUUAUCAUUUUUGAAGCUUGCAGCAUCUAACAGCUUUUUUAGGUACUAGUAAAUUUAGUUAUGUCUGUAAAUGUAACAGCCUACUUGUAGCAUGAUUUCAAUGUAAUGUUAAAGUUCCAAUUCAUUAACAUUUAAAUCAGAACACGUACUAAUUGUGGUAACAUGCACAUUUAACAUAGUCUAUUCCCUCCAAUACUCAAGGGAAUGCUUGUUUUAUUUCAUUUUCAGGAAGAAUACAUUUUUAAAAUGAUUUUUUUUUACAUUUACAUUGCCUUGUAAUGUUGCCUUACUGCACACUUAAAGCAAAAUAAAAAAAAAACUAAUAACUUUCUGCUUACUCCUUUUACAAAAUUCUAGCUAAUUAUUCUGUUCCACUUGAACUAACUAUGCUAUCGCAAUUAAAAACAAGCAUAACUGCCUUCAGCAGAACUAAUUAACCCAGUCAAAAAUGAUCAAGUAAUUGCUUCGUUCUUCCUGGAACAAUACCUUCAUCAGCUUGUCUGAGUGGAUGGAGUGUGAGGUCAUUAGAACGUAGAAGAGGUCAAUGGCUGUACAGUUUGUUGUGUUCCUAUGGGAGCAGAGAUCAAAUGUAUAAAUGCUCCCAUUCCAAUGGCUUCAAAUGUUAAUGGGGGUCCAGCUCUAUUGACGAAAGACCAAACAUCAGACACUCUGGCAGGUUGCGCCGACCACAUUCAAUGUGCCAUGACUGAGGAACUCCAAGGAGCAAACUUCUCGCACACAAAGUUUUUAUUAACGGGAUUUCCAGAGAUCUACAAAUACAGACGUUUUCUUUUCCUGCCAUUCUUCCUAACUUACCUUUUGCUUCUGGUCGGGAAUUCUUUGCUGCUUUUUGUGAUCAAAAGUACAGAGAGUCUUCACAGUCCCAUGUACAUUUUUGUGUCUGCUUUGGCAGUUGUGGAUAUCAUUGUUUCCACUGCCAUUAUCCCGGCAAUGCUUCUUGGUUUUCUGUUUGACUUGAAUGAGAUAACUUUAUCCGGAUGUUUGACGCAAAUGUUUGUCACUCAUUUCUUUUCUUCUGUUGAGUCCACCAUACUUUUAGCCAUGGCUUUGGAUCGCUUUGUGGCCAUUUGCAAGCCGUUGCAUUACAAUGAAAUCAUGAACUCGUCCAUGUUUUUGAAGCUGUUUCUUUUCACACUGAUCAGGAGUGGCACAAUAAUGUCCACACUGGUCGCUCUUGCUUCACCUUUGUCUUUCUGUGGGUCUAAUGUAAUCUAUCACUGUUACUGCGACCACAUGGCUCUUGUCAGCUUGGCCUGUGAUUCAAUAGCUCAAAAUCAAACAAUGGGGUUAAUUGUGAUUAUCUGUUUUGUGGGAAUCGAUACAUCUGUUAUAUUCUUCUCCUAUGUGAAAAUCCUGCAUGUUGUGUUGGGAACUGCAGCUGGAGAGGAUCGCUGGAAAGCUUUUCAUACCUGUGGUACACACUUAAUGGUCAUGAUAUGUUUUUACUUUGUCGGUAGUGUAACCUUUCUGUCAAGAAACCUGAACAUUCCAAUCCCGAUUGAUGUUAAUACGUUUCUAGGUGUUAUGUAUAUAGUAUUUCCUGCAAGUGUCAAUCCAAUCAUCUAUGGUGUGCGGACAAAAGAAAUAAGGACUGCUUUGUUUAAGAUUUUUAAAAAUAAAAUCAACAAAGUUUCCAUUGUAAAGGUUUCAACUAUAAGGAAUUGAUUGCCCGAGAAAUCUUUCAAUUUGACAAUUUUUCUAUUAAUCUAAGCUUUCUAAGCAAUGUAUGAAGGUGUAUUUUAAUGUUCGAUUAUAAACAAAUAAACGAUGCUGUUCUGUUAUCUACUCACCCAGUGGAA